AUGCAGUUCUCUACCAUCACCCAGCUGAUCCUCCUCGCCACCGCUCCCCUGGCUAUGGCCAGCGUUGCCGCUGAGCGCACUAGCAGCAACAGCGUAUUUGACGUCCGUAUGGAGUGCAUUAAGAGCAACUGCGGUGGUGUUGGAGCCGCUUGCGCCGGUGCCUGGUGCUGCGUCCGCUACAACAAGGAUGGCUGCAAGUGCAUUGCGCCGGGCGACAUUUCCGAGGUAAGUCUACAUAAACGUUUUUCCAAUGGAAACCUUCACAUACUAAUUAACUACCCCAGAACGGAGACAAGUGCCCCGCUGCGUAAGGAAAUUGGGAAAAGUUACUGUAUUCAUGACAGCAGCAAAAGCGAGUGUAGAUACCGAAGUAUUUAG